CUUCCCUAGUUCCUGGUGCCACCUCAGCCGGAGCAGAGCGGCGCAUGUCCUGGCGCCGCCGCUGCUGCUUCUUCCUCUCGGCUCCUCUGGUUCCUCGUCUAGUCCCUCUGGUCCCGGCUUCCCUCCUCCCUCCGCGCCUCCUGCUCCUCAUGAAGCCCCUGGUGGUCUUCGUCCUCGGCGGCCCUGGGGCCGGGAAGGGGACGCAGUGCGCCCGCAUUGUGGCGAAAUAUGGUUACACCCACCUCUCUGCAGGUGACCUACUUCGAGAUGAGAGGAAGAGACCAGGCUCACAAUAUGGAGAGCUUAUUGAAAAUUAUAUUAAAGAUGGAAAGAUUGUCCCUGUUGAAAUAACAAUCAGCUUGCUAAAGAGGGCUAUGGAUGAAACUAUGGCUGCCAAUGUACAGAAGAAUAAAUUCUUAAUUGAUGGAUUUCCCAGAAAUGAAGACAAUCUUCAAGGCUGGAACAAAACAAUGGAUGGAAAAGCAGAUGUAUCUUUUGUUCUAUUUUUUGAUUGUGAUAAUGAGAUCUGUAUUACUCGCUGCCUUGAAAGAGGGAAGAGCAGUGGCAGAAGUGAUGACAACAGAGAAAGUUUGGAGAAGAGAAUUCAUACAUACCUAGAGUCUACCAAACCCAUAAUAGACCUCUAUGAGAAAAUGGGCAAAGUUAGGAAAGUGGAUGCUUCCAAAUCUGUUGAUGAAGUUUUUGAUAAAGUUGUGAACAUCUUUGAUAAAGAAGGCUAGUUCUCUACUUGAAUGCUGUUUCCAAACAUGCUUGAAUCUUGCUUUAAGAGCUGCUACAAUAGUCCAUUUUAUAAUGGUGACAAAUAUGCCUUUUUAAAUACUUCUGUGUUAAAAGCAGUUUUUAAAUUGUUAAUUAUAUGAAAAUAUGGUUUGUCAUUAAGUUGAUGCAUUGCAACUGACUUGAAGUUAGUGAAAACUUGUAACUGCAAAACAAAGCUAGUAAUCAAGUGCUUAUUAACAUAGCUCUUUUCCAGAGAGCAUCUGGCUCUCUUCUUCUCCUUGCCCCCCCCCCAAAAAAAACUAUCAAAAGCUAUAGCUUUGUUCUUAUUUUUUCUAUUGGAAUUCUACACAUUGAAAUUGUAAAUAUGAGUGAAAUGACCCAGUGAUUUUCUUUCUUUUGUUUUUGAAUUUUGGACCAAACAGAGAAAAUUGCAUAGGUUUUUUUGACUUUAAAAAAGUCACAUGGUAUUUACUGUUUUGAAGGACAAGCAUUUUCAGCUGAAAACAGAGUACACCUUUUUAAUUCUGCAAUUAUUACUUAUCUGGUUGCUAAUCAGUAAUUUACAGGACGUGUCAGUAUCAGUCAUGCUGCUUGGAGACUGACCCAUUCAUUUCACCAUCCCUAUUCUCUUUACACUCGAAAUCUCAGAAGAGGAAACCAUCCAGCAUACAAAACAGAAAAUGCCGGUUUGAGGAUGGAGUGGCUCCUUUUUUUAAUGAGAAAUGGAGCUGCAAUAUCUGAGGCUUACAGGGAUUACAGUUUAAGAUCCAAAUGGACUUGGAUCUCAUUGAAAUCAAUGUAAAAAUUUAGUAAUUAAACACCCACUAAUUUCUUUGGGUACUAGGUGCCAUAGGUUGGAUCCAAAUAAGUGUAUUUAGGACUUAGUUAUCAGAUUAUGUAUACAUCAUUUAUUUUAGGUGUUUCUGUAUUUACAAGUAGCUUGGGCAUUGGAUAAUUGUGGUGCUCAAAUGGUUCAGGUAAUUUGAGAAAGCAGCUAUUAUAUCAACUUUCCUCUGUCACUUAUCUCUAGCUGUAUGAUAAAAUUCUUCAAUGAAACGGUUUGUAACAAAAUUGCUUAUUUAUUCAUUGACUUGAAGUGUAUUUGUUUGAGAUAUUGUGAAAGAAAAUAUUUUUAUGCUUAUUUCCCCCAGUAAAAUUGUGUAAUGUGAGGAACAUUUUCACCCAGUCAUACAUAUGAUAUAGUUUGACCAAUGUAAAAGAAAUCUCUUUAUUUUAUAAGUAAAUAUAUUAGAUCCUUAUUGUUUAAAUUUAGUACUGUACUGGUAGCAAAUUAGGUUUAGAGAAAUCGAUAACUAGAUUGCACAACCAUGGCCAACAUAUUUGUGCAGCUGUUCUGAUGGCACCUUCCUUAAGUUUAAAUACUACACAGGGAAAAAACUCACAGGAGUUAGUUACUUAGAUCUGUUUGCAGUUACUACUCUUUCACUUUAAAAUUAUGCUGGAUAGAACCUGGAAAAUUUAAAGCCUGAAUCAAAUUGUUAGUCUUAUCUAGAAUAAGCCUAUAAAAUCACUUGAAUUUAUAUAGGUGUUUACUUAAUGAAGUUCCCACAGAUUAAGUGUGUCUUCUCUACUGGGACAAACAAUUUGAUUUAGACCUAAAAUGUCAUGCAUAUUUAGUGUUAACCCCUGAGAUUGUUCAGUAAGAUUUUUCUUUGUGGGUAUCAAACUGCCAUUUGAACUGUCUGUGUUAACAAUUAUGAAUUAUUCUUCCUGUUUAUGUGUAUAUCUCACAAACAAUAAUAGAAUUUAGUGAUUUUAUUUUGUCAUCUAAUUAAAAUAUAAUUAAGGGACUGCA